AUGUCUUCGGCGUCUAAUCCGGCAGUUAGUAACUCGUUGGAUCCCAGGAGACCUUUAAAAGUGCACAGAUAUAAAGCGCCGCCUAGUGGGACCCAGUUAGAUGAUGCAACACCUGAUUACAUGAAUUUGUUGGGGAUGGUUUUCAGUAUGUGUGGUCUCAUGAUGAAGAUGAAGUGGUGUGCCUGGGCAGCAGUUUAUUGUGCGCUUAUUUCAUAUGCUAACACAAGAUCCUCAGAAGAUACUAAACAAAUGCUUAGCAGUUUCAUGCUUUCGAUAUCAGCAGUGGUAAUGUCCUACUUACAAAAUCCGCAACCAAUGGGCCUCUUAUGGUAA